AUGGCGAGCCAUUCUGCGGCGGGGGGGGGUUAUUAUAUUAUGGGAUGGGGGUGCCCCACGAGGUGGCGGCAGCGGGAGGGGGAGGAUGCGGUUAUUAUGGGAUGGCAGGGCCCUUUGCAGCCAGAGAGUGAAGUAUUAUGGGGUGGCACAAUUCCCAGCGCGUGUGCCCGGGCGGCUAUUAUGGGAUGGCGCUGUACCUACUGCCUCCCUGCGAAAUAUUAUGGGAUGCAGCAGGCAGGGGGAGGGGAACGUUAUUAUGGGAUGCCUUGCGCAGCACGGGGCGGGGAGGGGGCUGCAGCUCCGGCCGUCGUGCCUGGGGGCCCACAGGGAACCCCCUGUCCCCGCCGACCCCCCUCCCGUCCCACCGCGGGGCCCCUCGCUCCCUCCCCGGCCCCCCAGCAGUUCACAGCCCAUAGCGCCGGCGGGGUAUUAUGGGAUGGCUGCUCCCCCUCACCCCCCCCACCCCGUGCGGGGGUGCAGGCGUGGGGGGGCGGUUGCCAUGGAGCAUUUCCCGUAGGUGGCUAUUAUGGGAUGGACUCGCCUUUGUGGACUAUUAUGGGAUGUGUCCGUUGCCGCAGGGUGGGGCUGCCCAGAAGGGCUGCGGGGGGCGUGAUGCUGCCCGGCCAGGAUGGACGGACCCCGGCCGGGAACGUGGGCAUCCCGCCUGCAGGAGAGCAAUGUGCCUCUAUCAGCUGGGAAAGCAAAGAACUUGCAGCCCGUGUGUCACAAAGCUGGGAGCUGGCAACUUUGCGAGGAAGCCGUGCUUGUGCACGCUGCAGGGCAGGAGCCUCCCUCAGCCUCUUUGGAGCAGGACUUGGUCGUGGCUGUUGCUGCCUGCCCCGGGCCAGGAGUGCUCCUGGUCCUCCUGGCACUAUAUGGCUGUGCAGAGCUCCAGCUGCCUUUGAGCUGAACGUGGCUCACAGCAUCACUCAGAGCCACAGCGGCUCGGUGUCGAUGAGAAUUACAAGGAAAUGCAAUGCCUCUCCCCACCAUCGGGGUUUGAGUCUCUCAUGUUCUUCCCUCAAACCAGCCCGACCCUGCUGGCUCUGCUUGCUGGCAGGGUGCUCAUACCGAAGUCCGGUGAGUGUGUAGCCUCCAGGCUCACCUGCACCGAGCUGGGUUUUGACAGCACACACAAACUUUCAUACAGGACACAAAAACGGGUAUCUCAGUGCAGUCGAGGCAGCUCUGAGCAGCAGGCCGGUCCUGCAGUCCCACUGAGACAGUGCUUGCAUCUUCUCCCACUGGAUCCUACUCUUUGCUUCAGGAAGAGCUGAAUGGGGCCUCUAUGUAAGGCAUCUUAGGGUAAUGGGCAUUUAAGACUGAUAUUAAUAAGCAACUUUGGGUGUUGCUUUCAGCUUUCACUAUUCACUGUAUACACAAUUACAAGUUAAAAAGUCACAUUUUUACAAUUGUGAAACCUUUUCAUCUUAAUUAGCGCUUCUAACUUCAGAAAAUAAAGAGUGGAAGUAAACAUGGAAAAUUCAAAUCUGAA